AUGAAAUAUAUUUUAGUAUCAGGGGGCGUAAUUUCUGGAAUUGGUAAAGGCAUCUUUGCCUCCUCAUUAGGUCUCUUGUUAAAAACUUAUGGUUUAAGGGUCACUGCAAUAAAAAUUGACCCUUACAUGAAUAUUGAUGCUGGAACUAUGA